AUGGAUACAAAUAACAAUAAUACCAACAACAACAGAGGUGAAUUUUCUUUUGAUGAUGAUUUAUUUAAAUGGACUGGUAAAGGAGGAUUAAAAAAGAGAAUACCAGGAAAAGCAGAUAGAGUUGGCAAUAUAUUAUGGAAACUGGCUGAUUCAAAUAAUUAUAUCUAUCAUUUUGAAAUCGAAUAUUUGGUAGAUAAAAUAAAAAAGAAGGAGAAAAUUAGUACACCUAUUGGAGAAGAAAUUUUAAAUAGGACUGUAAAAAUAUUAAAUGAAAUUAGUUCGAUCAAAAAUAGACCAUUCACUUGUAUGAUCAUUGAUGCUGGAUUGUUAGGUAGUAUACAGAAUAUGAAAACGUUAUCAAAAAACAACUAUUUUUUUAUUAUAUCAGUUGCCUCCAAUAGAACUGGUGAUGUUUUCCAGCAGUUUAUCAAUCAAAAUAAACGUAAAACUAAUUUUGAAGUUGGUGAAAUUAAAUAUGGUCAAAAUGGACAAUGUACAGCAAUAGCAUGGCAAUGUAAAAAGAAUAAAACAUUUUAUGUCCUAACCAACAUUCCCGAGCCAAUAUUAAAAGAAAAAGAAAAUGAACUAAAAAGAGUAUCAAACUCAAAAGCCAAAAAAAACCAAUAUGAAAAGAAGUUUAUAACAACACCAAGAGUAAUAUGGUUGUAUAAUAAUUGUCACAACUACGUUGAUUCCUCAAAGAUGGUUAUAAAUCCACAAAGAAAUAAUCAAAGAGCAAGAACUUAUCAAAGAGUUGUUUUCAAUGAUUGUUUUUAUAUAUUAUUAUAUAAUUGUUGGGUUUCUGUUAAUUUAUUUUUAACACCAAAUGCCAAACCAUUAUUAUUUAGAGAGUUUCUUUUAUAUAUUUGUAAUAGUCAACUUUUUUCCUCUCCCCCUAGAGUUUCAAGAAAUUCAAUACAUUGUCCAAAAUUAAUUUCCGAUAGAGCUUGUUGA